AUGUUGGACAGUCGCUCCCCUUCGGUCGUGAAAUGGGCUAGGCCUAGUAGUGGUUUUGUCAAGCUUAAUGUGGACGGCUCAUCUUUGAGUAACACCAGAAAGUUGGGUGGGGGAGGCAUUUGCAGGCGCGACAAUGGGGAGUUCAUAUUCGCCUUCGUCGUAGGCUACGGCAUCGGGUCAAACACUAGAGCUAAACUAAGGGCAGUGUAUAACAGCCUUCGGAUGUGUUUUGAGCUCGGUCACAACCGAAUUGAGGUCGAAUCGGAUUGUAGGAUUGUGGUGGGUCUUCUCCAUGGUUCCACAGACUUCAGCUGGCGUUGGGAAAAUUGGUUUCUGCGGAUUGGCAAGUUGAGGGCGUCAGGGUCUUGCUCUUUCCAUCAUGUUCUCAGAGAAGGGAAUGCCUCGGCCGACGGGAUGGCUCGUUUGGGUUCUGACAACCAACUCUCCUUCUCGACUCGUCACCUUGCUGACCUUCCUUCCAAAAUUAAAGGCCUCAUCUUCUUGGACAAGGUGGGUCUCGGGGCCAUCCGCUCAGCCCCUCUCUAA